UGGUAUUUGUAUCGUCUCGGGUCCAUUUGGCGGAUCGCAUCAGUAUUCCCUACGAGUGUGGAGCGUUCCCAGUCACGUCAGAUUGCUAGUUACUGAACGUAGUCUCUGCCCAAGGUUAGGUUCAUUCUAAAAAAAAAAAAGACCUUGGAAACUCUUCGCGAGCGGCUAUUGCAGAUAUAAAAAAUAAAUAAAUAAAAAUCGAUACACCGCCUACGUGCAUGGCCAUCGGGUAUACUUGAUUCAAAUGUGCUCGAGUACUGCUUUUAGAUGACAGGCUAAUAAAGAGAGGAGCUCGCAUUGUCAAUAACCCUAGUGUCUGUAUUCCGCAGUAAUACACGGGAACUCGUAACCGCGAGCAGGCUGGUGCGGCGCUGAAUGUGAUUCGCAUUGUGCGUGAGAUGCAGCGCGGUGUGGAGAACGCGCACCCUUCACUCCCGCGCUGACGACUGCGUGGCAGACAGACUGCAGAGGAGAGGCAACGCCGAGCGAUUCGCUCACUGUUGCCUCGAACAACCAGAACAACAAUAAAAGGUGUACAGCCGUUAACAAACCGAGUAUCCAUCGCCGUAGGUUUUAUUUGUGGAUGUGUAUGCAUGUGUUCUGCACCAGAUGGGAGAAAAAACCGUCCCAGAUCCACCGGGAGCAUAUUUCAAAUUAGCAAGACGCCUUACGGGGACCCAGAACGCAGGAAAAGCACCGAGAGCGCCCGAAAAGCCGUGCGCGCGGUGGAGGACUGCAGGAUGACGGUCCAGGAGUUCAACACACUUGUGGCGCUGUAUCGCGAAUUGGUCAUUUCCAUCGGAGAGAUAUCGAUCGACUGUCCCUCUCUGCGGGCGGAAAUGCACGAGACUAGAACCAAAGGCUGCGAGAUGGCUCGCACCGCACAUCAACAUCUUUCUGUAAUUUACGGCCCAGAAGACGGGGAGAUCCCUCCAGAGAUAUGCAGGCUCUUCAUCCAGCUGCAGUGCUGCCUGGAGAUGUACAUCUCUGAGAUGCUCAAAUCCGUCUGCCUCCUGGGAUCCCUGCAGCUGCAAAGGAAAGGGAGGUCUGACACCGAGCCCAUUGUGGACUGCAGGAUAGAUGAGAGCUCAGAUGUACCCAUUCUAGAGGACAGAUGGUCACCCCCUAUGGACUGCCUGCACUAUUCCUGGCUGAUGUACACAGACAUGGAGAGCACUGAGAGGGAUGUGCGGGAGAUGAAAAACUUGCUGAGCAAACUGCGAGAGACUCUGCCAUUACCCCUGAAGAACCAAGAUGACAGCAGCCUUCUGAACCUCACUCCCUACCCCGUGGCCAGACAGAGGAAGAGGUGUCUCUUUGGUUCCUGCUGUUUGGUUUCCAGCUGAGAGCAUGACCCCCAACCCUUGACCUCUGCCCCGGAUGCUGUAACUGAGUGUCUAUUUAAUGAGGUCUUUGAGCGCUUGUGUCUCUCUCAAAGCUUACUGCCAUUGGCCAGACAGCUCAUUCUUUUAAUGAAAAAGCUGCUCAUUUUAUAACUUUAUUUUCUGAUACAAAUAUAAUUCUUUUUUUUUAAACGGUAAUUAAAUAUGUAUAUAAUUACUAUAAUUUUGACUGAAGUAUUAUUUUGACUGAAGUAUAUUUUUUCUCAUUCAUUUUUGUACCGGAGGUAAUUUAAGGCUUGUUCAUUUGCCUCCACACAGUAAAAUGUCCAGUGUUCAUUUAACUCUUAACAGAUAACAUUUGGUCCCACAUUCCAGAGUGGAAGCAAAUGUUAUUUGUUAAGAGCCAAAUUAACAAAGUUAGAGCUGAAUUAACACUGGACAUUUUUACUGUGCAGGAAAGACCGUUAUAUCACACAGAUUACAGAUAUCGCACGGAUGCCGCUUCUUCCUUAUGAACGUGAUAACGUGCUCGCUUUCUCAGUUGUAUCAUUUCUCUGAUUCUGAAUUUUGUGAUUUGCGUUUCCGUGCUCAAAGGCGUCCCCGCCGCACGCUGCAUACAUUGCGUUGAGAAUCCCUCGUGAUAACUCCUCAAGGCAUCAACAAACCGAAUGCAUCAACCACUGCUCAUGCUGUCAAAAUACCCGCGGAACCCCCGUUACUGUACGUUACUGAACACCCAAAAGGCUCUGAAAUGCUACAACUGGAGUUUCAGAUGAAAUAAAUGGCGUCAACCGUGCA